AUGGCGGACUCACAGAGCCCAGAGGCUCGCGAGUUGAGUCUAAUAGGCAAAGUGGAAUUUCGCAUUGCUAUGGCAGACAGCGAUGAGAAGCUUCAGUCACUACUCCAAACUUAUUUGAGUCCUCUACUUUUGAAACUGUCAUCCGAAAGCGUAGCAGUUCGCAAUAAGGUCAUCUCCAUUUGCCAGCAUGUCAGUGCUCGGGUUAAAGCCCCCACAAUUCAAUUGCCGGUCGCAGCACUCUUAAAGCAAUUCAAGGAACAAAAGUCUCAACUGGUGCGUUAUUACGACUUGGUUUAUGCUCAACAAGGCAUCGACCGCCUUGGUUCAGAUGCCAGAGUCGAAAUCCUAGUCCCCCUUCUUCAGGGUAUUGCACAAAUUGGAACAUCAGUUACUCAAGGAGCUAUUGUGUUCAACCUUGUUUUGCGGCUAUUGCCUCUUCUCAAAAUACCAUCUAAGGGCAGUGACGAAGAUCAGAAGUUGAAGCAACGCCUGGGUCUUUCAGACGAAGAUUCCCAGUUCCUGUCUCACUGGUUAGGGAAGCUACUCAUUCUUGCCCCUGCUACUUCAGGAGCUCAAACAUGCCAUGGCCUGUCCCCAGAUGAAUAUACCUUCUUGAACAAAGGAGCGCCUGUUAGCGAAACAUGGAACCCUGCUACUUCUGGAGGGUUAAAUUUGACCGAGACCAAAGUCAUCGCUCUCCGGUUUCUCGGCAGUGGCGCAUUUGCUGAUUCCCAGCGAUUCCUGCCUUCAUUGAUUGCUUCUGUGGAUGCGAACGCCCGACUUGCUGAUCUAGGCGACGAGACACUGAAGCGAUUUACAGUCGAUUUGGAAGAUCCGUCUACGGUUCAAUCGCUGUAUGAUCUGUAUUUCGGGGCCGGCACGCCUGAUGGUGCUCUUCCUGCUCGCCCUCCACUCCAAGUCAAGAUUUUGGUCUUUUUAGGGAAAUCCAUCAAGGCCACUGAAAAUACCCAGAGAAUAUAUAAGCUCAUCGAAGAUGGUCUUCUCUCAGACACCGCAAGAUCUGCACAGGGACUACAAGCGUCCAAAUUAAGAACUCAAAUAUUCACAUUCACCACAUGGGUUGUCCGUAUGGGCUCUCCAGAGGAUCUUAAACAGAUUGCCCCUAAACUCAUUGCUGGCUUGAGAGACUUCAUCCAAUCUCAGACCUGGCCAAGUCCAGCUGCCAGUGGGCUGAGACUACCCGCAACAGAUAUGAGCCUGAGAGGCCUUGCCUACGAAAGUAUUGGUAUCUUGGUUCCCAAGGUUGACUUUCAAAUUAAAAAUGAAGACGUCGAAAACUUCGAAUUCGAUCUAGUCCGUUGGCUCUUCACAUCCCUGAGCUGCGAUGACUCGAGCCCGGAAAUCUUUGUUAGCAUUGAUCAGGCAUUAGGAAGUAUUCUCAAUUCUUCACUGAACAGCCAUGAUCAGGACUUCCAGCAUCAAUUACGCCCGUUUCUGGUUCAACAAAUCGGCCUACAGUCGGGAGAGGUUCACCCGGAGAAUGGCUACAACGUUGUCCGAGAUGUUCAAUACGCCACUGUGCGUUUUGCCAACCGUUUUCUACCAUUUAACAAUGUGGUUGCUCGUUGGAUUGAUCUCAUGGCUAUUGCAAGGAAUCCUGGAAGGCAACAAGAAGUAGUAGAAGAAGGCAAGAAGGGAUUACAUCCGUAUUGGUUCCGACUUCUUAAUCCAGCAAAGGACGAAAAAUGGACUGCCCCGGCCGCUUUUCAAAAGCGAGACGAAACCUGGUUUAAUUUUCCGACCUUUUCUGAAGCUACCGAGUUCUUAAUGUCGCCAGAGGAGCCUAAUUCUUCCACUCGUCGCUUACUAUCGGGGUCCAAUAAGAAUGCAUUCGCGCCUGCUGUCUCCUUUCUCCGCAACACUUUACUUUGGGAGGCCUUUUCGGCAUCCAAGAUAACUGUCGAUUUGGAUGAGGAUUGGGAUUAUAAACUCGAAGUGCAACUUUCCACCAACGAAGAGGCUCGAACUGCCGUAAGGCAGUACAUCCGCAGUACUGCGCAGGGGUCUGUUUUGACUUUCUUGUCUGCGAUUCUUGACGGGUUGGCUCAUGGAGAUUUGGCAGACCUUCGGCAGUGCGGAGUUCAUUUUGUUGAGAUUUGCUCUUUGACACCAAAUGAUGUGGUUGGACAGCUGGUCUCUAAAGCUCAGUCUUUAACAACGUCCAUGUUCAGCAACAACCAAGAUAUCCAGGGACUAGCAGCUAGAGCCUUUGGAAUUCUCGCAUCACACCCUUCCCUCCCUGAAAAUGAGCUCUGCACCUUUCUCACGCAGCUUACGGAUAUGAUUAAGCCAUGGAGCACAUCUGUCGGCGAAGCUGCACUUAAAGUACGGGGAGCAGUCAUGUCGCUAUCCUACCUCCUCAGCAGACUUGCAUAUCGUGGCCUUCUAAGCAAAAUCCCCGAAGAUCAGAUCAAACCAUUCAUUGAUACUAUCCUAGAUAUAGUCGAUGUCUCUCGUGAUUCUCUUCUUCAAAGAACUGCUGAGGCAUCCCUUGGGCAACUCAGUUUGUCGGGUAUUUUGUCAUUGCAGACAUUGCAAGAGGAUGGUUGGAAGCAAGUUCAGAGAAAGCUGUCCACCGAUGCCAAGUCAGAAAAUGAUAUCUCAAUCGCGUCGCUGGGUCUGGUUACAUUAACCUUUGCACGGUCGCAACCGGACGCCUCUCCUUAUAACGACUUCUUAGAUUCUUUGUAUAGCUUGCAUGAAAUCAAGAGUCCCGAGGUCCAGUUCACCGUGGGUGAAGCACUAAGUAACGUUGCAAUUGGAUGGGAUUCCCAAGCACUGAUGCAAGAAUUUGACGUGGACGCUGUUCUCUCCAAAUCAGACGUGCCACGAACAGUUUUUGUCAGUAUAUGUGACAAGAUUAUCGCCGACUGUGUGGCGCCCAAGCCCUCUCUCCGGAAGGCUUCCGCCAUCUGGCUCUUAUCGCUCGUCAAAAAUUGCGGGCACCUGUCAGAGAUGCAGGAGCGCCUGCGCAAGUGUCAAGCCACAUUUACGAGCCUCCUUGGAAACCGAGAAGAGGUGGUACAAGAGACGGGAGCUCACGGUCUCAGUUUGGUCUACGAGAUUGGUGAUCAGUCCUUAAGAGAUGAUCUGGUCCGUGAUCUCGUGGAAUCGUUUACAGCUACCGGACCUAAUCUAAGAGGUGGCAAUGUUACUGCUGACACCCAGUUGUUUGAACCUGGGGCUCUGCCGACAGGCGAAGGCUCAUCUGUCAACACAUACAAAGACAUUAUGAAUUUGGCUGCCGAGGCCGGCGAUCCCACCCUUGUCUACCGAUUUAUGUCGAUGGCUUCUAACAAUGCACUUUGGACCAACCGCGCCGCAUUUGGUCGCUUCGGUAUUAGCAGCAUCUUUUCGGAUUCCAGUGUCAAUGGGUACCUUUCACAGAACCCCAAGAUUUACCCUAAGCUUUUCCGAUACCGCUUUGACCCCAACCCCAAUGUACAACGGUCAAUGAACACUAUUUGGCAAUCUCUUGUCAAGGACCCCACAGUCGUGAUCGACACUCAUUUCAAUGCAAUCAUGGAGGACCUUCUGAAGAGCGUUCUUCAGGGGCGUGAAUGGCGCGUUCGACAAGCAAGCUGUGCCGCUAUCGCAGAUCUCAUUCAAGGUCGUCGCCCUGAGAAAUAUGCUGAAUACCUGGAUGAUAUCUACAGCAAAUCAUUCAGACUACUGGAUGACAUCAAGGAAUCUGUACGAACGGCAGCUCUCAAGCUCUGUCAAACUAUCACCAACUCCGUCAUUCGUACACUCGAGACAAGUGGCACAGAGAAACGUGCAGGUGCCCUACUCACUAGUGCUGUUCCCUUCCUCCUAAGUGAUAAAGGUCUUGACUCUAGUGUGGAGGAUGUGCGAGGAUAUGCGAUCGGUGCUCUCGUGCAGAUCAUCAAAAAGAGUUCAGGCACGCUGCUUCAUCCAUUCGUCCCCAAUAUUCUUGAGCAGUUCUUGAGCUCCCUCAGCUCUCUUGAGCCGCAAGCGGUCAACUACGUUCAUCUGAAUGCCGACAAAUACGGGCUUACAGGCCAGGAGAUUGAUAAGAUGCGUUUAUCGAGUAUUCGCACGUCUCCUAUGAUGGAAGUUAUUGAACGCUAUUUAAUUGAUCAUCUCGAUGAAACUAAUCUGCAAGAACUGGCUCCUAAACUUGAAGAAGUUCUUCGGUCCGCGGUGGGACUCCCAUCUAAGGUGGGUUGCAGUCGAGUUUUGGUUCUACUGAGUAUGAAGAGUCUCCUCUUCCGACCUUAUGCAGAUCGAUUUAUUCAAGUUCUCUGCAAAUACGUGGUGGACCGCAAUGAAACUGUUAGCGCAUCUUACUGUACCUCUCUGGGGUAUCUCAUGCGACUUGCAUCCGAUGAGCGGGUCUUGAAGACCAUUGAUUACGCUAAGAGUCUCUAUCUUGAAGCAGAGGAUGCUCCCACGCGGGCGGUGGCGGCCGAAAUCCUGUAUUCUUCGUCGAAACUCUCCAAUGACCGGUUCAUGGCGUUCGCCACGGCUGCUCUGCCGUUUGUGUUCGUGUGCAAGCAUGACGCAGAUGAUCAUGUGAAAGCAGAGUUUGAAAAGACGUGGCAGGAUAAUGUGGGGGGUUCUCGAGCGGUAUCUUUGUACAUUCGGGAGAUCGUCAGCCUCGUAUCCGACAAUCUAGACUCGGCGCGGUGGGCCAUCAAGCAUACGGCGGCACGUGCCAUUGCCCAGGCAGUGCUUGCACUUGAAGUGGAGUUGGAUCUCCCCACUGCACAGCUCGUAUGGCCAGUGUUAGUCAAGGCACUGGCGGGGAAAACAUGGGAAGGGAAAGAAGUGGUGUUGAAGGCUUUGGUGAAAUUUGCCGGACAAGGGAAGAAAUUGUGGACGGAGUCGCCGGAGCAAAGUGAGCUGAUGAAGACCAUUACCAUCCGUGAAGCGAAGCGAACAAAUGCCGGGUAUCGGCCGCACGGAUUACGAGCCCUAGGUGAGAUUUCGCAGGCUCGCAAUAUCGAUUUGAUGCCUGCAGCGCUAGAGAUAGUGCCGGGGGUGAUUGAAGAAUUCCAGGAUGGGAUGGAUAUAGAUUCCGGGAAUGGGCCAGACUCCAAGGACGACACCCUUGCGGCAAGUGUGCAAUGCCUCCUGCAAUGUCUGAACCCCGCCACGGCCGGUUCGGGCGAAGGUCAGUUGCCCUGCGGGAACCCCCUAGCGUCGGCCCAGCUAAGCCUAACCACAGUGCUGGGAGGAUACAUCCACCAAGUGAUCGGUCCGUUGGACCAGGCCCUGACCCACGGAGGCAGACAGGUCGUUAGCACGGUCUACCAGGAGCUCCAAGCGUUCUUUAUCCGAGUGGAUCGGUGGACAGCGCCCGGUGAACAUGUUCUAGCGAGUCCGAUGAGCGAGUUGGCAAGUCUUUUGCUCCAGGACCGGAACGCGGUUGAGAUGGUCCGCAAGGGCCGUGCAGAAGCCGUCUUGGGCUACCUGAAACUACGACCUGUCGUACGUGGAGUGCCAGAGUCAUUGGGAGAGAUGGUGAAAGGGUGGAGGACUAAUGAACGAUCGGACACUGUCCAGCGCAUCCUUGAUGAGGCCCUAAUGCGCCUGACCUAG